AUGUAUGGUCUCGGUUGGUUGCAUCGUUUUCAUCGUUUUCGUGGCCCGGUUUUUUGGACGACAAAUUUGGGUCAGGAUUGGUGCUAUGAUAAAAGAAAGGGGGUAGAUCUAUCUAGAACUUUGUUGAGGUAUUACAAGAGGGAUGAGGCAUACAGGGUCGUGUCGUGGCUGCCGUGGAUUGACAGAUACUGGACGGGUCUCACAGAGUCACGUCAUGGGUGUAAAGGAUUACGGGGAAUUAUGGCCUGGUUGGUUACAGUAGAACCAAUUGGCGCCAGUGGAGGUUUGGCAUUGUUCUAUAAUAACGAGUAUGAUGUUAAGAUCGAGUUUUCCAAUAAAAGGAUCAUUGAUGUUAAGGCUAGCUAUGAAGGCAAGGUGGUUUUUAUGUCCUUUGUAUAUGGUGACCCUGUAGUUAAGCUACGGGAUCUAGUUUGGGAAAGGAUUACACGGAUUGGAACAACAAGGACAGACCCUUGGUUCCUCAUAGGGGAUUUCAAUGAGAUCACAAGAAAUCAUGAGAAACAAGGUGGACCCCUACGUCAAGCAUCCACCUUUAUUCCUUUCAACUUGAUGAUAAGCGACUGUGGUUUUGUGGAUUUUCCAAGUCGUGGAAAUACACUUUCAUUUGGAGGGGACGGAGACGAGGGAGGAUAG